ACACUACUCUCCUCCCCUCAUCUGUGUAACUACUCCCCCGUCAAAUUCUUCGCUGCUGCUCUUCAGCCAGUCCAUCAACGUCAGGGUUCAAUUUGUCGACCAAAAGACAUGGAAAUUGAUCAAGCAAUCAAAGAAUGCGAUGAUCGAAGGCUGAAGACCAAGUAUAACAAUUCUAUUUAUGUGAUUAAAAGAGCUCUUGCACUAUAUUCAGUAGAAGAAGUAGCAUUGAGCUUCAAUGGAGGGAAGGAUUCUACUGUUUUGUUUCACCUGCUCAGGGCGGGCUAUUACUUGCAUGAAAGUGAAAAGUGUCACUCUAACGGGGACAUUGGUUAUGGUGAAGUACAAUUUCCAUUACGGACAAUAUAUUUUGAGAGCUCAUCCGCCUUUCCAGAAAUAAACUCAUUUACCUAUGAAAUUGCUGAAAUUUACAAUUUGCGAAUGGAUAUUAUUCGACUUGACUUCAAAUCUGGUUUGGAGUCUCUGCUCAAAGCUAACCCAAUUAAAGCUAUUUUUCUCGGUGUUCGAAUUGGUGAUCCUACUGCGGUAGGUCAAGAGCAAUUCUCUCCUAGCUCACCUGGCUGGCCAUCCUUCAUGAGGGUGAACCCAAUUUUGGAUUGGUCAUAUAGAGAUGUGUGGGCGUUCCUUUUGACUUGCAAAGUUCAAUAUUGCAGCCUUUAUGACCAAGGUUAUACUUCUAUUGGGAGCAUCCAUGACACUGUACCCAACGAAUUGCUCUGUGUCCACCAUUCUGAAAAUAAUGGAGAAAAUUUCAGACCUGCAUAUCAACUCCAAGAUGGAAGGUUGGAAAGAGCUGGACGAGUGAAGAAGUAUUCUUCUCCAGUAUCUAAAAAGUUUCCCUCCCUUAGCAAUGGUUUGGAAAGUGAAGAUCUGUGCAAGAAAGUCAUGCUAACCUCCUCAGUAAUUGCUGUUGGUGAUGAGAUUUUCUCAGAUUUGGCACUGUUGAGGACAAGUUGGGCUUGUCACUAUGCAGAAAGCUCCAUUCAAUUGGUUGGACUGUCUCUCAUCUUUCUGUAACUCGAAAUGAUGUAGAUUCUGUUGCUGAGGAAGUGGAGAGGCGAAAUUCUACAAAUGACAUGGUGUUUAUCUAUGGAGGGGUUGGGCCCUUGCCUUCAGAUGUUACUGUGGCAGGAGUUGCAAAAGCCUUUGGUGUCCGUUUGGCCCCUGAUGAAGAAUUUGAAGAAUAUCUGAGGCAUAUGAUUGGUGAAAAAUGCACUGGGGAUAAGAAUGAGAUGGCACAAUUACCUGAGGGUAUUACAGAAUUGCUGCAUCAUGAAGAGCUGGAGGUGCCAUUGAUCAAGUGCCAUAAUGUGAUCAUUCUCACUGCAUCAAAUGUUGCUGAACUAGAGAAGCAAUGGGAAUGUUUAAUUAAAUUGACAAAAUCUCAAGGACUCCUUGCGUCAGCUGAACCAUUUUUUUCAAAGUGCUUUAAAACAAAUCUUUUCGACAUGGAAGUCGCUCAACCUCUAUCAAAGCUGUGUCUUCAAUUCCCAGACAUUUAUAUUGGCGGCUAUCGAGAAUCAAGACAAGGCCACCUUGUGAUUAGAUUUGAAGGGAAGGAUCGAAUGCGAAUAGAAGCUGCUGCCCAAGAAUUGUGCCAGAAUUUCCGAGCAGGUGCAUUCUCCAGCAUAAACUGAGUCGGGGUUUUUAAAAUCAGGUCUCUCCUGUCAACCGUCUCACAGCUUUCUGAAAUCAGAAGGGGAGAGGGAAAAUAGAGAAAACGUCAAACAUGAAGAUUAGUAUGAUACUACAGAUGUAACUUCGUUGCAAACUGAAAGAGGUCAAAAAUAUUGUUUCCCGGCUAGAACUACUUACAGCUAAUAGAAUAACCUAUAUAUGUGGUCAAUCUUACCUUGAAACACAUGGUGCCAAAAUUAUAAAUAUGUGCAACUAGGGUUGCAAACGAAUCGAAUCGAACCAAAUACAUGACAAUAUUAUUCGCAUUCGUAUAGUUAUUGAACAUUUGUAUUCAUAUUCGUUUAAUAUUCGAAUCUUAUUUAUAUUAGAAUCU